AUGAAUCGAGUGACAGUGGUCUUCACAGAUGUGCAGCUGGAAGGCGGUUGCAGCUAUGAUUAUAUAGAGAUUUUUGAUGGCCCCCACCACAGUUCACCUCUCAUUGCCCGGGUUUGUGAUGGGGCUGUGGGCUCUUUCACUUCAAGAUCCAACUUCAUGUCAAUUCGCUUCAUCACUGAUCACAGUAUUACUCGAAGAGGGUUCCAGGCUGAUUACUACUCAGUCUUUGACAAUACCACCACCAAUCUCCUUUGUCUGUCAAAUCACAUGCAAGCCAGUGUGAGCAGGAGCUAUCUCCAGUCCAUGGGCUAUUCUGCAUGGGAUCUUGUCAUUCCUGGUUGGAAUGUGAGUUACCAGUGCCAGCCCCAGAUAACACAGAGGGAGGUCAUAUUCACAAUUCCCUACACAGGCUGUGGCACUACCAAACAGGCUGACAACGAAACCAUCAACUACUCUAACUUCCUCAAAGCGGCUGUUACAAAUGGCAUCAUCAAAAGGAGAAAGGACCUCCACAUCCAUGUCAGCUGCAAGAUGCUUCAGAACACCUGGGUCAACACCAUGUACAUCACCAACAACACAGUCGAGAUCCAGGAAGUCCAGUAUGGCAAUUUUGACGUGAACAUUUCCUUUUAUACAUCCUCCUCUUUCUUGUAUCCAGUGACCAGCAGCCCAUACUACGUGGAUCUGGACCAGAAUUUGUACCUUCAGGCUGAAGUCCUCCAUUCUGAUGCCUCAUUGGCUCUGUUUGUGGACACCUGUGUGGCUUCUCCACAUCCCAAUGACUUCUCGUCUUUGACGUAUGACCUCAUCCGGAGUGGAUGCGUACGAGAUGAGACCUACCGAUCCUACGCCUCGCCCUCCCCACGCAUCUCCCGCUUCAAGUUCAGUUCUUUCCACUUCCUGAACCGCUUCCCCUCAGUAUACCUGCAGUGUAAACUGGUGGUAUGUCGAGCGUACGAUGUCUCCUCACGGUGCUACAGAGGCUGCGUAGUGAGGUCCAAGAGGGAUGUAGGCUCCUACCAAGAAAAGGUGGACGUUGUCCUGGGACCCAUCCAGUUGCAAUCCCCCAGCAAGGAAAAGAGGAGCCUCGACUUGGCAGUGGAGGAUGUGGAGAAGCCAGCCAGCUCCCAGGCAGUCUACCCCACUGCAGCCAUCUUUGGCGGAGUCUUCCUGGCCAUGGUCCUAGCUGUGGCAGCCUUCACACUGGGAAGGAGGACACGCAUUGCCCGUGGCCAACCUCCAAGUACUAAGAUGUGAAGCAAAACAACCCAGACAUUGGCUCCAUGUGCACAGAUUCCCAGAAAAGAUGGAAGACAUAAGGGUCUAACACUUGGCACCCAGAUACAAGGUGACUAGGCUUCUCAGCACAAAUGCAUGGCCAAGCAUGAUGAGAUGGCAAAGAAGAAAGGUGGAGGCCAAGUUUUCCCAGGAUCUACAGGCUAAAGGCCGUGAAGAAUGUCAUAGGAGAAUGGGACCAGUGUCUAUAAUCACAGGCAACUGUGAGCCAAACACUGGUGGCAGCCAUGCUUUCUCUAGCUAGAAUUUCCCUUUACUCCAUGUAUAGAUGACUGUAGUGUUGAUGUCAGCCUUUUCUUACCACAGUGCAAACUAAAUAUAAAGAAUCUUUCUCAUGGCAA